UAGAGUUUCUGUAGAGAAGUAGAGAUUGUCCAGGUGACACAAAAAUAAGGGAAAAUUAUAAUGAAAAGAAUAACCGUGUUGAUUUAUUUAAGGGUCGUGUUCUUUACGUGUGUGAUCUGACCGACUCGGGUUGUUUGCGGACCAGGACCCAGAAUCCCAAUGCUAUAAAUACGUAUUCUACACACACCAUUUCUUAAUUCUUCUCAUACUUUCUCAAUCAAUCUCUCUGUUUAUGUUCCUUUCUUGAGGCAGGCUGAGUACUCUGCAGUUCCAAGAAUAUUAAGCUUUGUUAAUUUCAGGAAAUUUGAGCUUCGACCAGAAAGGGUUGACAUUGCAAUUUCAACUUGUUGUAAGAAGUACUGAGAUGGAAGACAAAUCUGAAUAUGUCAUUGUGGAAGAAGAGAAGCCCAAAACGGAAGAGUUGCAUGUUCAAGUUGAGACAAAGGAUAUAGAAGUGGCUGGUGAGAAGGAAAAGAAGCUGAAAGGUGACGAGAAGAAGGCUGAUAAGAAUAAGGAGAAGGAGGGGAAAUCAAAGAAAAAGGAGAAAGAGAAGGAAGAUAAAGAGUUUAAGUUGAAGGUAAAGGAGAAAGAAGAUGACCAGGAGGAGAAAAAGAAAAAGAAGGAGAAGAGUAAGAAAGAUCAUGGGGAGAAAGAGGGGACGAUGACAGAGGUGAAGGACAAGGGGAAAGAUAAGGAGAAGAAAGUGAAGAAGCAAAAUGAAGUGGAUGAGAAAGUAGUAGAUGAAGAGAAAGAGAAAGAGCAAAAGAAGAAAAAAGAAAAGAAGAAAGACAAAGAGGAGGACCUAGAAGAUGAAGAUGAAGAGAAAGAGAAAGGGGACAAGAAGGAAAAAGAGAAGAAAGAGAAAAAGCACAAUGAUGAAGCAGAUGAGGGAGAAAAAGAAGAGGAGGAAGUGAAGAAGAAAAAGAAGAAAGACAAGGAGGACAAGAAGAAACAGAAGGAUGAUGUUGACGAGACAGCGUGUAAGGAAGGAGAGGAGAAAUCAGAGAAGAAGAGCGACGAUAAAAAUAAGGAGAAGGAGAAAAAGGAGAAGGAGAAGAAAGGAAAGAACAAAAAAAACGAGGAGGGAGGAGAGAACAAGGACGAGGAUGGAGAAGUGAAAAAGAAGAAGAAAGAGAAAUUAGAUAAGAAGGGAGAGAAGAAAGAAAAGGAGGAUAAGGAGACAAAGAAGCUUGAUGAAGCGGAUGAGAAAACAUGUGAGAUUGGAGUUACCUCUAGGGAUAUUUUAAUUGAGGAUAAUGAAGGGGAAGAAGGGGAGGAGAAGCAGAAGGAUGAGUUAAGUCAAGCUAAAGAAAAGAAGAAAGGAAAAGAAAAGACGAAGGGUGACAAGGAUAAGAGCAAGGAUGUUGGUAAGCUGAAAAAGAAGUUGGACAAGAUUAAUGGGAAAAUAGAACCUCUCCUUGAGGAAAAGGCUGAUAUCAUGAGGCAAAUCAAAGAAGCUGAGGAUGCUGGUUAUGUUGUUGCUGAGUAGGACAAUGGUUUUGCAGGCUGAUGUCAAAUAGCAAGGCAUGCUAGCUUUCAUACUCUCUACUUCACUUUUAUCUAUUUGCCGAUACUAUGUUUUAUUGAGCUAUACUUUUAUGUGAUAUACAUGUGUUUAUAUAUACUAAAAGUAGAGCUGUAUGAUUCAUGCAUUCACUUCUGUUACUAGAAACCAUACCAGAGUGCCUGUUACAUUGUGGUUCUAACUGACGUCAA